AUGACAUGCAGAUCAUCGAAAAAGGUUGGGUCUGAUUCCUUGGUGAUCAUGAACGCAUCGAAUGAAGAACCAGUUGAUCUAGUUGGUGGGCGGUACACUACAACAAGUAGGAGUGAUAAUGUUGAACUGACAAUUUCAGCUGAGAAAACCCCAAAAGACUUGGGACUGGAUAUCGAUUUCUUUGGUCAACGCGGUGUGUUCUGUCGUCUUCUUCGUGCAGUUGAGACUCCUGAUCGCAUGGAAAUUCUCGUCACUCUUUGUAAUGGUACCUACUAUAUGGAAACGUUCAAAGUCAAACCCACAUCUGCGGUAGACGCGAAUUACUGCUUUAAGAAUUUUAAGAGACACUUGGCACUUGUCGAGGGAGCACACCCAGAUAUUAACUUAUCCGAUGACAGUUAUUAUUCAGCUGUUAUGAAGACUCAAUGUGAGCGGUAUAAACUGAUACUAAGCUACGGGGUCGAUGCCGAACGGGAUAAUCCCGACUUAGUGCCUCCUGGAAACUACAUUGAUAUCAAGACAAGAUAUCAAAUCAAUUCUGAACAGAACAAGAACAAUUUUAGGAGGUAUACCACUCUUAAGUGGUGGUCCCAGGCAGUAAUUGCUGGAAUUCCUGAGGUGAUAUGUGGGUGGCGAGAGAAUAAGAAGGAACAAGUCAUUCUUUCCUCCGUAGAGCUAAUGAAAACGGAACACCUUCCUCUCAGAGCACCCAUGAUGACCAGUGGAAGGAGAUUCUGGGAGGCCGAUGCAUGUUUUGAAACUUUUCAAACUCUCCUUGAUAACAUCAAGGACUUGAUCAAAGAAGAUGACCCGAGAAUCGUCCACCGUCUGGAGCUGCCCGAGGUGAUGAAGGGAAAGGGUGUAAAGAAGAGACUUCAAGCUAGAAGAUUCAAACUUCUGGAGAAACGCCAAGAUGAUUACGCCAUUCUACCAGAAUGGUACCUACGUGAAGUCUUGUGGAUCGAAAAUCGUGAAUCCAAGCAAUGAUUACAGACAGCAAGGAUAUAGGGAAUCUUGAAGAGCAUUGCCCCGAGAUUACCGACAACCAGGAUCUAUAGAGAUUCUUGAAGAUCAUGACUCCAAGACAUGAUUUCAGACAUUUAGCCUUUAAAUAUUAAUGUUUUAACACUCAAGAAGAGAAAUACCCACCACUGUGUCUUUCCUAUCUAGAAGUAAUGAGGAGAUUCAUAGAUAUCAAAACAAAUUAAAUUAGGAAAUUUAAAUUACAAGCACUGCUUUUAAUAGUUUACCCUACACAUCCUCAGCUUAUUGAUAAAUCUGUCCCCAAUAUGAAACAUUCAAAUCAGUGGCGUACCGUGGGUCACGGCAUGGGGGGGGGGGGCACCAGCAAAAAUUUGGAGUCACUUAGGGCGCGCUCAGUUGCCAGGUAUACUGACCUUAAAGAGACAUUUCAAGGACAUACAGUGCCAUUAAACGGAUAUGUACCUCACUGAUUACAUAAUGCGAGCGCAAAGUGCGAGCUGUGAAUUUUUGAUAUUCAGACCUGAAAAGGGGCAUUAUAAGCAAUUUGUUUGUAAUUAGUACCUCUCGCUAAACAAACAAUGCU